CGGGACCAAAAGUCAAGUCAAAAGCAAAACUCAAAUUUCACUUUUGACCAAAAGUUUGCCAAAAGUUAUAACUCAGCAAAAUAUCGUUGCAUGUGCUUGGCCUGUGGCCUGUACAUCGCUCGUUAGUCAUUAGUUUAGUGCUAUUUAAUAUUUAUUAAUCUAAGGAGUAAAUAACAUGUAUUUUUCUUUCACAGACACAGAGAACUUUAUAAUUUAAUAUUAUAUCUCUUUUUUCCCUUGCUUAUCAUUGUAAUCCGAUGAAAGAUUAUUUUUCUCUAUAACCUAUUAUAAACCUUUCUUAUAUUACUUUAUUUUAUUUAUUCUACAUACGUAGAACUAAGUAAAUAAUGGAAAAAACAGCAGCAACAGUUCUUCAAGAGCUGAUGACCAAGUCUGGCAAAAUACCUGAAUAUGAAUGUGUUGCAAAGUCUGGGCCACAACAUAGUGUGAAAUUUGAAUACAGAUGUAUAGCAAAUGGAGUGAUAGUUAAGGCGAAGGGUAAGACAAAGAAAUUAGCUAAGCAGGAAGUUGCUAGAAAGAUGUUAAACAAUCUCUUUCUGCAAGGAAUGCCAGUACCACAUCCAUAUGCAAGACCACCUUCUCCGGAUCCACCCUCACCCCCAUCUCCAGCAUCACCCUCCGCCAAGGCUCUACCAUCAGCGGGAGUGGCAUCAGCCUCAGUGGAAGUCAACAGCUAUGUGGCACUACUAAAGGAGUUAUGCAUAGAGUACAACCUUGGCACAGUCGAGUAUGAUCUGGUGGGUGAUGCGGGUCCCCCACAUCAAAGAUGGUUUACCAUCAAGGCCCAGCUUGGCCCCCAUGUGAGAUUGGCUUCCUCUAACACUAAGAAACAGGCGCGCCAGAGCGCUGCAGAGCAACUCUACACAUAUCUGAGAGAGAAUCUCGCCAGACUCACCAAGGACUUUGUAGUGGAUGAAGCCCUGGCACGUGCACACGAGAGAGCUAUGGAACGCUAUGUGGAAACUCGAACAGGACCCCGACUCGACCUGGGCCAGAAGAUCUCAGAGUAUCACAUAGGGGUGUUAAGCAUAGAUGUAGAAAAAAUUAGCAAAGCGAGAACAUUGAUGGAGGAACUGUCCGACGAAAAUGCACUAGAGAUACUGGAACGGGUGUGUGCCGAGCUUGAUAUGAGCGUGAACGAGCUGGUGCUGGAUGGAGGAGUCCGCUGCGUCUGUCUGGAGCCCAGCUCGCCGCAGCUGGUGCACGCUGACGUCACGCCGGAGGGCGCACGCGCCUGCGCCCUGCGCUACCUACGAGCUGCGCUGCAACGCUCGCUAACACACCCUACAGCGAGCGUCCCCUAGCGGUCCUUCGCGCCGCGUUAAACUACUGUGAUAUGAGUAGUAGAGCUGUAUUUCUACUACACCAAAAAAUUUUAUUAUGUGUUCCUGUAUCAACAAACCCUUACUUAACUUAUGUUAAGUGACUGCUGACAUAAGCAGCUGAGUGGAGGGGUUGAACUUAUAAAAUAUUGUAAUCGAUAGAGCUUUAGUCCACGAUUAUAAUGCUACCACUGUUAAUACAAGGUAAUGCACCGUUUUCGUGAAAAUAACGAAAAACAAAAAAUCUAACAUAAAACGGGUAAAUCACGUAAAUAAAACACUACAUGAGCGAUCUCAUGGCGGCGGGAGGCAAAAAACUGUCAAUCGUAAAUGGAAAAUAGUGAAAUGAAACGUAAAAAAUAUUGUGGCACAGACUAGACGGCUUCAUCAAUAGGGGAGAGGGGGGCAUAAUGGGGACGUUAAGAAAAAAACACAAUAAAAUAAUCAACGCAAUGUAUGUAUUAAUUAAAACUACACAAUCUAUCUAUCAAAACACUGUAAUAAUCAUAUGACGUUAUAAUUUUAAUUUUUUGAAACUAUAAUCAAAACCCCAUCGUGCCCCAGGGUAGGGGCAGUAUGGGGUACGUAUUUAUUUUGCGUCACAGUACAAGCAGAUAUGGAUUUCUUCUGUAUCGUCGUCGUCCACUCAAAGCUCACGAAGGCUUCGUGCGCAGCUUAGAGUAGUCUAUCUCUUAAAUUAAUUGGAAUUACAAUCUUUGUUCCUCGUAACAGAAUAUCUACAUAAAAAACGUAACUCACUCUGGAAAAUUUUAUAAAUGUUAACAUUUCGAACGCAUUCUUUAUUAUAUAGAUCUUUUUUUACUUUUCCUAUCUCAGAAUCCUGACGAGAACACUCAGAGAUCACUUGCAAUGGUAUUGCGAUAGGUCAGGCCAUCUCCGUUACAUUUCAGACGUAAUCAUUGUAUAUUGCCAUAGGUUUAGUGGCCAAUUUGCAAAGUCUUAAGAGUAGAUGAGAUCUUUUCCCUAGCCUAUAUUUUACCUCAAAAUCAUAUGACUGCAGUCUUAAGACCCACCUCUCAACUCGGGCACAAGGCUUAGAUUUAGGACUAUAGAUAAACUCCAGUGGCUUAUGGUCCGUAACUAACUAGAAUUUCUUCCCAUACAGGAAUAUAUCAAAAUGUUCGACUGCCCAUACUAAUCCUAAAAAGGAGGCCUUUUCUGUUUGGCAGUAGUGUCGCUCGCAUGGGCUCUUAUUACCGAAUGCAAUAAUUCUAGGUCCUUCUUUAUUUAUCUGAACAAGUACAGCGCCUAACCCUACAGGACUGGCAUCGGCUAUAACCAAAGUCUUAUCAUGUGGAUCAUAAUAACCUAAUUUCGGAACAUUAGUCAGUGCUGAUUUGAGAUUAUUAAAAGAUUUCUGUUGAGGAUUUCUCCAAUAUUCCUAAAUAUUUGUGUUUCUACCAGAUUUCUGUCGUAGUACUUCUUUUAAUGGUUCUGUUAUUGUUGCUAGAUUAGGAAUCCAUUUCCCUGUUUGUACUGUCUCAGGAGCUCUGAAAUCUUUUAUAGUGCUUAUGUAGUAGGUGCUCAAGUGGUUUUAUCCCUUUUGAGAGUUCAUGGCCCAAGAAGUGAAUUACCUUCACUCUAAAUAUACAUUUCUCUUCUCUUAGUACCACGUUAUACUCCUUCAAAACUUCCAUUACUUUUUUUAAUCUUUCAUCGUGUUGUUCUAAAUUAUUUCCAAAUAUUAAAAUGUCAUCUAUGAAAUUUAUUACUCCCUUGCAUCUUAAAAGUAUUCUUUCUAGUGUUUUUUUAAAGUUUCUGGUGUACAUGUAAAUCCGAACAUCAUCCUUUUAAACCUAAAUAGUCCUUUGUUAGUAAUGAAUGUAGUAAUGUACCUUGAGUCUGGGUGGAAUUCUAAAUGAUAAAAAGCAUCUUGAAUGUCUAAUUUGGUAAAUAGCAUAGCAUAUUUGACUUUUGGCAGUAACUGAUCCAUGGUCGACAAUGGAUGGUUUUCCCGUUGGAUGGCUGUGUUUGCCCGCUUCAUGUCAAUGCAUACACGGACAUCACCGGUAUCUUUCAACACUGGAACUAUUGGUGAAACCCAACUAGACAGGUCCUUGACUUCUUCUAUUAUGUCUUUACGUAGCAAAUCCGUAAGUUUUGACUGGACUUUUUCUUCCGGCGGACUUGGAAUUCGGCAAUAAAGUUGUAUUAUAGGCUUAACAGCCUCAUCUAUGGGUAUAACCACCAACACAUCUUUAAAUUUCGGAAAUGCUUCACUUUCAAUUUGGUCAGUAUUAAUCUGAAGCAAUCCUAAACCCGUCGCUGUGAGGCGUCCGAGUAAAUUCCGGGUCCCAUUUUCUAUCAUCACUUAGAAUGUAGUGUUCUCUGCUGCUUUUAAAAAUCUGAUGUUGGCCUUAAACGAUCCUAAUAACUUUAAGGGAAUUUUACUUUGCUUUUUUUUUGCUUGCCAUGAAGGUUUUGUUGUGGUUUCGAUUAAGAUCUGCUACGUGAGCUUCAUCAUGUUUCAUUGUCUCCCAUGUUUGCUGUGUAAUUAAGUUAUAUUUACAACCAGAGUCUACGAGCAUAUUCACUUUCACUCCACCAAUGUGAUUUUAUAUCAUUUUCCACAUUAAAAAUAUAGUCAAUUUUGUUGUCUUUAUUUGUUAUAUUGUCUGUUGGUUCAGCUUUGUAAAUACUCUUAUUCCUGCUUGUAUUUACUUUUUCUCUUUAAUUUUUUCUCUUCUGAGUCUCUCUCAUAAAUUUCAUAUAUUUCGUUUUCUUGCUAUUUAACAAACGAAAUAUUCGUUUAUACCAAUUUCAUUAGCAUUAUAAUAAUUAUUUUGUAUUACUUAUUAAAUUCUGUAUGUAGAUUUUAGGUAAUAUUUAUCUACCCUCCAAAACACGAGCACUUCGAACUACGCGCAAUGAAAAUAAUGUAAAAGAAUUGAUUCGAAUGGAAAUAAAAUAAAUAAUCUUAAUUCUUGUUACUAAUAUUAGAAGUAACAAAUAUGUUUUUUAAAAAUUUUAGUCGGAAUUAUUAAAUAUAUAGCGGCUUACUUUUUUUUAUUUGUAAUCCCCAUUUUAAGCAUUUAUAUGAGUGAUUUCCGUCACAAAUCAAAAUUUGCAGGCAAAGUAAAAUUCAUCUUGCCAUUUUUCCCUGUUUUUUUUAGUUGAAAAAAAGAAAUAUAAUGCAUAUAAUUAAAUUAAAAAAAAAAGAAAGCAAUCGUAUAAUUUCACCAGCAUUUUUUUGCUGUCUAUAGUGUCAGUCUUUACGAGCACACUAACACAUCUUGUACGCACAAGUUUUACUUGUACUAAUGCACACCGCUAGCAAGCUCGCCUUUCCUUAAUUUAGCGAUGUGACGCUUUAAUGUGGACUGUAGUACACUAUACAGGUGAGCCACUUUUCUGUAGCCAGCAGUUUUGCUUAAGACUGCGUCAAUUGCCUGUUUCAUGUUUUCAAUGGACCAACUAAGUCUCGAACUUUUCUUCUUAUACGUUCGUACCAUUUAUAUACCUAAAACUAAAUAUUUUAUAUUAUAAAAUGAACAAGAUCUAUCCUUCAGUUAAUUUACAAAACAGGGGCAUAAUGGGGACAACUGUUGCGGGGCAUAACGGGGUACCCCGUAGCCAUGUCCCCGUUAUGCACCAAUUUUCACAUUAUUUAAAAUAACAAACCAAAUAAAAUGAGUGACGGUUACAGUAUUUUUUUCAAAGCAUAUCGAUAAGUCAUUUAUCUGCAAAAACAAAAUAAAUACAUGAUGUGACAUAAACACUUACCUUUUUUAUAUGCGUAUUCGUAGUCACUCAAAAUGACAUAAAAUUACGUUGAAAAUCGUUGUUGGUUUUAAAAAUCAAAUGCACGCAGUCUGGUCGCCGGUCACUGGUCAGACUAAAGAGAGAUACAAAAUGGCUACCUAUUGGCGAAAACAUCUAGAGCGUAUUUUCUCCUUUUGAGGUUAGAAUUUUUUUCGUUAUUUUCUUGAAAAUUGUCCAUUACCUUUUAGUAAGAGUAGCACCACUAUAAUCGGGGAUCAAAGCUUUAUCACCUACAAUUUAUAAAAAUUGGGUAGGUUAUGUUAUGUUAGAACAGUUACCACAACACACGAGCCGAGUGUAGUGUAAUGUCAAAAUGUCAUAAUUUGAGGUUAGGUUAUAAUGCUUUUUUCUCUGGAAUGGUGCAUUACCUUCUAAUGGGAGUAGUAUCAGAGGAGGGGGCACCCCCUUCCCCCUCGUUCAAAAUUAUACUAUUUUCGAACCCCUAUCGAGUACAGUGAAGGAAGUGUGAACCAGAUAAAGGAAGUAUAGUUGCGACCUUUACAAAGACCUGUAAACAGUGAAACAGCAAAUGACUCAGUGUGUAAAGGUUUCUGUGUAAUUGUUGUGGAUUGUAUUAAAUAAAUAAAUCUUAUUUA